CGCGCUAGCAAAAUAGCGCUUGUGAGCAGGACUGUGCGAAAGUUAUUUACACGGAAGUGACUCUCACAUGUAGCUGCUAUGGUACCCCUGCUCGUCCAUGUGACCACAGGAAAAAUGGAAGAGACAACAAAAAAUAAGCAAACAAGUUGUUCACAAGAAUUACUUUCAUGCGGGAAUGGAGGAGCCAUCCAUGAAAAACUCCUUUUGAAAUCCAAAGUGCCUAGUAGGUCGGCCUCUCUUCAGACCACCAGAGUUCCUAGAAGUAAUGUACUGGAUAGGCUUCAGAGUUUUCUACCACAGAUGGCCCAGGCUAAUGAGUCCUUAAAGCAGCAGAUGGAGUCGGUCCCUGCGGGACACUUUGACAUUGAAAAUACUGACGAUGCAGAAAAAGUUAUUGAAAUGGACGUAGCACUUGUGGAACUCAGUGACUCGGACAGCAACGCUGAAUCAUCGGAAGAUGACAGCUCUGAGGACUGUUCGGACAAUGAUACAGAAGAGGAAGAGGAGAAACUCCAACUCCCAGGAGACUGUAAGAGGAAAAAGAGGGCCAAUAUUGAGAUUGUUGAUAAGGAUGGAAUGUAGGUUUUAACUCUGAACAUUUCUCUUUGAGCAUGGGACUCGGUUACAUAACGUGGAUGUUGUGACAUCCACAGAGCAGGUGAUCCCCCCCCC